UGUUACUUCCUAUGUUCCAUCCUUUUUUCUCUAUAAUUUGUACCCUCCUUCAUUCCUAUCAUCCUGUGAAGUUUUGUCUUUGAUAUUUCUUGAUGUAAUUGCCAGACAUUGGAAUUAGGUCAUGGAUCAAACCUUGCCAGUCCCAACUGAAUCAUGAAUAAUCAAUUAUUGAUUAUAUUGUUGUUUCUCAUGUGAUUUUCUACAGGAAAAUGACACAACAAUGCAAAGGCAAAUGGAGAGUUUCAUUGGUAAAGUUUUACACCAAAGUGAACUCUGGUUCCAUGGCAAUAUCUCUCGUGAAGAAGCAGAGCGAAGGCUGCAGCGCUGCGGAUGCACAAAUGGUCUGUUUCUUAUCAGAGAAAAGAAGGCUAUGGGAACAUUUGCUAUGGGACUGUGCUACAAUGGUAGCGUUGUUCACUACCUGUUUGAUGUUGAUGCAACUGGACAGUUGUCAAUUCAAACUGGUCCAAAGUUUGAAAACUUGAUGCUUGCUAUUGAUCACUACACCUUUUACAAUGAUGGGCUUUUGUAUAAUCUUAAAGAACCCUGUGAUGCUUCACUGUUCGAAAGUAGGCCAUGCCAAGAGUUCCAGUCUCCUGGACGACCAGCAAGUAGAUCAUUUGGUGAAAAUGAUACAACACCAAGAUCACCCAAUCACCUUCAGCUUUUACCAAAUGAGCCUGCAGGAGCUGGCUCAGCAUCUAAUUUUGAGACUCUUUUUGACUCUGUAAAACUCAAGAAAAGCUCAGGAUACAUGAACCAAUUCAAGUCUGUCCAGAAUCAAUCAUUUAAUCUUAAUAGUGACAGCCUUUCUCUUGGACAAGAACUUGGUCAUGGUAAUUUUGGUUCAGUUCUGAAGGGAACCUAUCAAAUGCCAAAUGGUGAAAAGAUACCAGUUGCAGUGAAGAGAUUGAAGUCUGAAGAACUAAACAAUCCAAAGUUAGAAAUGAUGAUUGAAGCAAAUAUCAUGAUGAAACUGAACCAUCCAUACAUUGUGAGAAUCAUAGGCAUGUGUACAGCACCUACAAUGAUGCUUGUCAUGGAGUUGGCUGCUGAAGGACCUCUCAAUGAAUAUCUCAAAAAUAACAAGCAAAUGGAAAUGUUGAAUAUCCUAAUUGUCAUGUUACAAGUAGCAGAGUCUACAUUGACAUAA